AUGGAGAUACGGAACUACAUGUUCCAACAGCCACGUUUCGGUGUAUUAGUGUUGGUAUGUAGUUUCUUCGGGUUUUACCUAUUAUACGCAUUCCAAGUUGGUGUAUUCGAAACCACACCGACACCGCCCGUGUUUCAUCACGAGUUAGAGACUUCCGAAUUGUCUAGAAGCUCUAGAUACGAAAACGCUACGGUUUUCCCUUUCAUGAAGGCAAUGAGAAGUGCAAACAACAAGAGUGAUCCAUGUGGUGGAAAGUAUAUAUAUGUUCACAAUCUUGCGUCACGAUUCAACGACGAUAUGGUGACGGAAUGCGAACGUAUAAACAAACUUUACGACAUGUGUAAGUUCGUCACAAAUGGUGGAUUCGGGCCUAUAAUGAACAACACUACACAAGGUGUGUUUUCAGAUAAUGAAUGCUGGUAUGAUACAGAACAAUUUUCAGUUUCUUUGAUUUUUCAUAACCGAAUGAAACACUAUGAAUGCUUGACGAGUGAUUCAUCAAUAGCUGCAGCCAUUUUUGUCCCAUUUUACGCCGGUUUUGAUGCUUCUAGAUAUUCCUUGGGAUAUAACAUAUCCACAAGAGAUGCAGCUUCUUUAGAUCUUGUAAAUUGGUUAAAAAAUCGUGACGAAUGGAAGAUAAUGAAUGGAAAAGAUCAUUUUCUUGUGGGAGGAAGACCUACUUGGGAUCAUAGAAGAUCAACAGAUAAAGAAACCGAUAGAGGUAAUAAGUUUUUACUUUUACCGGCUGUAAAAAACAUGUCGACGCUUUUUGUAGAAUCCAACCCAUGGAGUUCAAACGAAUUUGCGAUCCCAUAUCCGACUUAUUUCCAUCCAUCAAAAGAUUCUCAUGUUUUUGAUUGGCAAGACCGGGUUAUGAAAAAAGAACGAAUUUGGUUGUUCUGUUUCGCAGGUGCUCCACGCCCAAAUGACCCUGCAUCUAUUAGAAGUCUAUUAAUAGACCAAUGUAAAAACUCGAGUUUUUGUAACCUUUUGAGAUGUGGGGUUGAAGACAUAAAGUGUCGUACACCGAGUAAUGUACUAGAGAUGUUUCAAAGUUCGGUUUUUUGUUUACAGCCUCCAGGUGAUAGUUAUACGCGAAGAUCAGCUUUUGAUUCGAUAUUGGCUGGUUGCAUUCCGGUGUUCUUUCAUCCUGAUUCGUUUUACACUCAGUACACUUGGUUUGUGCCUAAAAACAAUUUUAGAUAUUCGGUUUUUGUUCCCGAGGAUGAUAUUCGUAAGAAUGUAAGUAUAGAACAACGCCUUAGAAAAAUUGAUGCCGAGAAAAUCAAGAUGAUGAGGGAUGAGGUUAUAAAUUUGAUACCGAAGUUGAUGUAUGCUAACCCUUCUUCCAAAUUAGAGACUUUAAAAGAUGCAUUUGAUAUUUCGGUGCAAGCUGUUAUCGAUAAGGUGACACAUAUGAGACAAGGUAUGAUUGAUGGGCUUAUGAAUGAACCGUGAUUCUGUAAAAGGACUUAGUUUUCGAAGAAGAAUAUGCAUGGGGAUGCUCGAGCAUAUAGUUUUACCGAU